AUGCCCAGUUGGUGUCUUAUUGAAAGCGAUCCAGCGGUUUUCACGGAGCUUAUCCAACGGUUCGGCGCCCAAGGCGUGGCCGUUGAGGAAAUCGUACAGCUUGAGCAGGAGUAUCUACGCGUCCACACUAAUGUCUACGGUCUGAUUCUUCUUUUCAAAUGGAAAGCAAGGAAGGAAGGUGCUGCGACUGAUGGUGUAGUCGUUCCAGAUGCCCCUGUAUUUUUCGUCCAGCAGACUGUUAACAACGCCUGUGCCACGCUUUCCAUCGUGAAUAUUCUCCUGAACCACAAGGAGAGUAUUGAACUUGGGGAGGUGUUAGGCAAUUUUCUCUCCUUCACCCAGGACAUGAAUCCGUAUCUUCGAGGCACGCAAGUGGGCGAGUGUGAUGCCCUUCGUGAGGCUCACAACUCUUUUGCGCCGGUGGAACUCUUCUCUUUAGACCAUAGUGUGCCUGAUGCAGGCGAUGCAUACCACUUUGUUUCGUUUGUGUACAAGAACAGUGCCAUAUGGGAACUAGAUGGGCUUCAGGAGGGACCUAUUCUCGCCUCCGAUGCUAGUGAUGAGAACUACAGGGACAAACUGAUGGAAGUUGUGCGGAAACGCAUCAGGGAUCACAGCGCUGAGGACACGACAGGAGCUGGGCAGGGGAUUUCCUUCUCUCUCAUGGCUGUGGUUGAUGAUCCCCUUGUAUUGUUGGAGAGGAGAAUAUACGAAGCGACACUACAGGAGGCCCCCACGCAUUAUUUGGAGGAGCAGUUGAAUCAACUGACGAAACAGCGUGCGCGUGAAAAACUCGAAAACCAGCGCAGGCGUCAUAAUUACGUUCCUAUGAUCGUGGAGUUGUUGAAGGCACUCGCUGAGAAGGGGCAGUUGAAGGGGAUCUUGGACGAUGCGCUCGCAAAAAAAAGUGGUCAAGGGGCUAAGCAGUAG